GCGCCUACCCUAGUCCUGACUGUUGCUCAAUCCAGGAGCACAGUUCCUGUGGGCUGAGCCUGACUGGCUUGGUCAUCUCUUUUCUGCACUUCAAGGGAAAAGCAAGAUCUUGCACAAGGUCCCCUCCGGCUGGCUGCUGGCAAAGGAAAGGUGCCAUGGGACCUCUCCACCAGUUUCUCCUGCUGCUGAUCACAGCCCUGUCCCAAGCCCUCAACACCACGGUGCUGCAGGGCAUGGCCGGCCAGUCCUUGAGGGUGUCAUGUACUUAUGACGCCUUGAAGCACUGGGGGAGACGCAAGGCCUGGUGUCGGCAGCUGGGUGAGGAGGGCCCAUGCCAGCGUGUGGUGAGCACACACGGUGUGUGGCUGCUGGCCUUCCUGAAGAAGCGGAAUGGGAGCACAGUCAUCGCAGAUGACACCCUUGCUGGAACCGUCACCAUCACUCUGAAGAACCUCCAAGCCGGUGACGCGGGCCUCUACCAGUGUCAGAGUCUCCGAGGCCGAGAGGCUGAGGUCCUGCAGAAAGUACUGGUGGAGGUGCUGGAGGACCCUCUAGAUGACCAAGAUGCUGGAGAUCUCUGGGUCCCCGAGGAGUCAUCGAGUUUCGAGGGUGCCCAAGUGGAACACAGCACCUCCAGGCAGGUUUCAUCCUGUGGGUCACCUCUAGCCUACCACCUUCCUCCUCUUUCCAAGGAAUCAAGAGACCUCCUUCCCACCCACCUCCAUUCUUCUCCUCCUGGCCUGCGUUCUCCUGAGCAAGUUUCUUGCAGCCAGCAUCCUCUGGGCUGUGGCCAGGGGCAGGCAGAAGCCGGGAACACCUGUGGUCAGAGGGCUGGACUGUGGCCAAGAUGCUGGGCACCAACUUCAGAUCCUCACUGGACCCGGAGGUACGUGAGAGAAUUCUGAGUGGGAGGAGAACUACAGCUUAAGUCCAGCCAGGAGUCAAUCCAGCCUGCAUGCUCUCCCCUCCUCCACCAAGACUUCUGUUUCUGCUACUUUUGCUUCAGAGGCCGCCUCUGCCUCAAGCCCACCUAUCCUGGGAGCAGGAAUACUGGUGUGUACAUCUGUGUUGAGUGGGGAAGACAGCUGGAUGGUUGUCUGUCAACUUCUGCACUUUGGACAUUAAACAUUCUCCACACACCAACCC